CAUUUCACACCUUGACCGAACAAACCCAAAUGGGUGAAUGGGUGGGUCAACGACUCUGAGGCAUCAGGAGAGGUUAAAAACCUGAGAAGUCACCAGAAGCCAGUCUGAACCGCAGGACGAGAGGAAAGAUGUCUUCAACCAUGGAUAUUCAGCAGCUGUUACCAAUCAAAGAAGAACCAGAUGACUGGAGCCCUGAUAUGGAGCAGCAAGUCUCACAGCUCCUCAGCAUAAAGAAGGAAGAGGAGGAGGAAGCUGACAUCACUGAUUUCCCGCUCGCUGCUGCUGCGGUGAAGAGUGAAAAUGAAGAGAAAGUGCACUCACUGUUUCAUCAUGUUAAAAAUGAAUACAAGGACGAGGAGGAGACGCAGACCUGCAGCUCAGGUGUCCAUCAUCUGUUUGAUAUUAAAGAAGAGGUUUCCCAUGAACGGAGCCCGAUUGAAGACUCGGACUUCUUCCAGGAACGCUGCAUUGGCCAGGAUGGACUGCAGGAGGAUGACACACGUGCAACAGCUCCCAGAACCUUUCCGAUGCCAAUAUUCAGUGUUGCGUCCCGCAAUGCAUUGCAACGCCUCAAAUUUGAACAGAGAGAAAAAAUCAAAUUCUGCGUGGAAACCAAGAUAUCUGUGAAGAAAACCUUCCAAAUGCUUCAGGAAGUUUACGGCAGCAAAGCAAUGAGCCGAUCAAGAUGCAAGGAUUGGUAUUUGCGUUUCAAAAAUGGCAGAACAUCCGUCGCUGAUGAAAUCAGGUCAGGGCGACCCAGCACGAGCACGACUCCCAAGCACAUCCGAGAAAUCGAUCAACUUGUGCGCCAGGAUUUCCGGAUCUCUCUGAGGGAGAUUUCUGCCAUUCUCAACGUGUCAUUCGGAACGGUCCAGGCGAUCCUGACGUCCACUUUGAACCUGCACCAAGUGGCUAACAAGCUUGUGCCCAGGCUACUCACUCCCGAGCUGAAGCAGUAUCGUUUACGAGCCUGCGAGGAUCUCCGUCAACAGACGCGAGAUGACCCAACGUUCAUGUCCCGGAUCAUAACUGGCGAUGAAAGCUGGGUGUACGGCUGCAAGCCUGGAAAGGCAAGGAGGGUGAAUCCGACAAGGAGCCAGUUCAAGGUCAAGCUCAUCGUCUUCUUUGACAUUCACGGGGUGGUGCAUCGGGAAGUUGUUCCCGACGGUCAGGCGGUUGAUGCUCCGUUCUACCUCAGCGUUAUGAUGCGUCUCAGGAAGAACAUCGAGGCCAAACGACCUGAACUGUGGCAGAAAGGCGACUGGCUGCUCCAUCACGACGACACACCCGCCCACGACGCACUGAAAGAGUGCCAUUAUUUCUGCUACACCGACACAAAUCUCAUUCUUCACCCACAGCACUCACCAGAUUUGGCCCCCUGCGACUUCUUCCUCUUCCCCAAAAUCAACGCCAAGUUGAGGGGACAUUUUUUUGACACGGUGGAAGAGCUCCAGCAUGCGUCACUGAUAGUACUGGAUUCACUGGGAGAAGAGGACUUCCGCAGAGCUUUCAGAGCGUGGCAGCAGCGCUGGGUGUGGUGUGCUGCUGUGCAAGGCAACCGCUUUGCAGCUGAUGGUGGCCAGAUUUGAAUUGAAUACAUAUUUUUGUAUAUUUGUUUCAUAUUUUUUGUAUUUUUAUUCUUUUUUUUGCAUUAGCAUGCAUUUUUACUGAUGUUUGAUCUUGUUACAUAUAACUUUUUUUAUUGUUUAAGUAGAGUGAAAAUGGUAGGUGGUACAUUGCCAUUGUAAAUAUGUCAGCAUGUGCAUAUUUACAAUUGGAUCACUUUAUAAAAUGUAAAUAACAACAGAACAACAACAAAAAAGAGAAGGAUGGGUCUUAUUGUCAUGAUCAGAGCGAUCCAAUAUUAAUUCUCCAGAUCCUCUGAAUCUUUUGAUGAUAGGUGGUGUUGAUGUUUAGAUUGGCAAAGUCUUCAGUUUUACAUUGAUAGUUAUUCUGAAACUGUUCCACAACUUUUAGAUGUUUCUUGUUGUUUUUUGCAGACUGGUGAACCUUUACUUGAGAAAUGUUUUUUUAUUCCAGUCGUGUUGUUGACCUGUUGCUGUAAUUAGUCAUGAAAAACUUCCUCCAGCUGUUUAUUUUUAGUCCCUCUCGCAGCCUUUUUGAGAUGUGCUGCUGCCAUAAAAGCCAAACUGAGCGAAUGUUUUUCAUCUCAGGUCAAACAUUUGAUGUAUUUUGUUGGCUUCUUUUGUGAAUAAAAAUAUGGAUUUGUGAGAUUUGGAAGUCACUGCAUUCAGUCUUUAUUUUACACAGCAUAGUUUUAGUUUGUAGUUUGCUGGGCACUGGGAACGUAAUAGAAUAUAAUAGAGGGUAGAUUUUGCAAGAAAGUGACUGCUCCCCUCACACUCUUCUUCCACAUAAUGAGGAAAAAACUCUCCAAACUGGACUAAAGUAAAAAAAAUACCGUAACUGAAACAUGAUGGACCAACACAGAAAGACAACCAUUCAUUCUCACACUCGUAUUGGAACUGCCAGGUAUUCUAAUCCAAGCAUGUCUUUUGACUGUGGGAUGCCCAGAGCCCACACUAACCCCGGACCCUGUGACUGCGAGGCAGUGCUGUUUACCACCGCUCUAACACGAGAGCCUAAAUUACUGUCAGUACUUCUUUUCUGCUUUUUGUACACAAAUAAAAAUAGUUUUUAUAUAUCAUUUGCAAGAUGAUACUAAAUCCUCUAAACUGUGUGAAAAAUCAUUUAAAAAUAAGCAAAUGUAUCAUGUAACCUGGUCUGAUGGUAG